AUGGCUGCCGCCGUAGAUGACGGGCAGCUUCUCAAGCAGGCGACUGGCCGCAAUACUCGAGGCUUGCUUCGAGUGAUUAUCCUAGUCCUCAUCGCUGCCGCUGCUGUAAGCAGCCGUCUGUUCUCCGUAAUCCGCUUUGAGAGCAUCAUCCACGAGUUCGAUCCGUGGUUCAACUUCCGAGCGACGAAAUACCUGGUACAGAAUGGCUUCUAUAGCUUUUGGGACUGGUUCGAUGACCGAACAUGGCAUCCUCUUGGACGAGUCACUGGUGGUACGCUCUACCCCGGAUUGAUGGUCACCAGCGGUGUCAUCUACCACCUCCUCCGCGCCCUCGCUCUCCCCGUCGACAUUCGAAACAUCUGUGUCCUCCUUGCCCCCGCCUUCUCAGGUCUGACCGCGCUCGCGACCUAUCUCCUGACCUCCGAGAUGGUCCCUUCGCCCUCCGCCGGUCUGCUCGCUGCAGCCUUCAUGGGCAUCACACCCGGUUACAUCUCGCGAUCUGUCGCAGGUAGUUACGAUAACGAGGCCAUCGCCAUCUUCCUGCUAGUCUUCACCUUCUAUCUGUGGAUCAAGGCAGUCAAGAACGGAUCCAUGUUCUGGGGUGCAAUGAGUGCGCUAUUCUACGGAUACAUGGUGUCAGCGUGGGGUGGAUACGUCUUCAUCACCAACUUGCUGCCUCUGCACGUUUUCGUCCUAAUCUGCAUGGGACGGUACAGUCCGAGAUUGUAUGUCAGCUACACUUCGUGGUAUGCGCUUGGUACGCUUGCGAGUAUGCAGAUUCCUUUCGUCGGUUUCUUGCCUAUCCGCAGUAGCGAGCACAUGUCCGCGCUCGGUGUCUUUGGCCUCCUCCAGCUGGUUGCCUUUGUCGACUGGGUUCGCGCACAGCUUCCUGGCAAGCAGUUCCAGACGCUGCUCCGCGCUCUUGUCCUAGGUGUCUUCGUCAUCGGAGUUGGAGGACUGGUGCUUCUGACCGUCUCCGGAGUCAUCGCGCCCUGGACUGGCCGUUUCUACUCGCUCUGGGACACCGGAUAUGCCAAGAUCCACAUUCCCAUCAUUGCCUCCGUCUCCGAACAUCAGCCUACCGCAUGGCCUGCCUUCUUCUUCGAUCUCAACUUCAUGAUCUGGCUCUUCCCCGCUGGUGUCUACCUGUGCUUCCAGACUUUGACCGACGAGCAGGUCUUCAUCGUCAUCUACGCUGUACUUGCUAGUUACUUCGCUGGUGUCAUGGUUCGUCUCAUGCUUACUCUGACUCCCAUUGUCUGCGUUGCAUCGGCAAUUGCUUUCUCAAAGAUCCUCGAUACCUACCUGGACGUCAAGUCCCCCAAGCCUGUUACCGAGAACGGCAGCACUGAUGCCGUGUCAGUUGCCGCCGCGGCAGUGAUUCCCGAAGGCCUCCGAUCUACGCGUAACCCGCUCGUUGGAAUCUACUCGUACGCCUCCAAGCUUACCGUUGCCGGAGCCUCGGCCAUCUACCUCAUGCUCUUCGUACUUCACUGCACAUGGGUCACUUCCAACGCCUACUCUUCGCCCUCGGUCGUGCUCGCCUCCAGACUUCCUGACGGCAGCCAGCACAUCAUCGACGACUACCGUGAGGCAUACUACUGGCUCAGGCAGAACACCCCCCAGAACGCUAAGAUCAUGUCUUGGUGGGACUACGGUUACCAGAUUGGUGGUAUGGCCGACCGCCCUACCCUCGUCGACAACAACACCUGGAACAACACGCACAUUGCCACUGUUGGUAAGGCUAUGAGCUCCAGGGAAGAGGUCAGCUACCCCAUCAUGCGUCAGCACGAGGUCGACUACGUUUUGGUGGUCUUUGGUGGUCUUCUAGGCUACUCUGGAGAUGAUAUUAACAAGUUCCUCUGGAUGGUCAGGAUUGCAGAGGGUAUCUGGCCUGAUGAGGUCAAGGAGCGCAACUUCUUCACCGCACGAGGCGAGUAUCGUGUUGACGGGGAGGCCACCGAGACCAUGAAGAACAGCUUGAUGUACAAGAUGUCGUACUACAACUACAACGCACUGUUCCCGGCUGGACAGGCCCAAGACCGUGUUCGUAACGCUCGUCUCCCCGCACAGGGCCCCGAGCUCAGCACCAUUGAGGAGGCCUUUACUAGCGAGAACUGGAUCAUCAGGAUCUACAAGGUCAAGGAUCUUGACAAUUUUGGCCGCGACCACCAAAGCGCCGUGUCGUUCGACAAGGGCCACAAGAAGAAGAGGUCCACCAAGAGGAAGGGACCUAGGGUCUUGAGAGUGGAGUAG